AUGACCCUUGAGAGAAAGGAAACCGACGACACCGGGAAAUUUACAACGUUGAUGCGAUUCUAUUCGCAAAAGUCCAUCUUAGAAGCGAGGCAAACUAUUAUUCUAUGUGUCUCAUCAACAAGUAACCUAGCACAUACGACCAUAGGGUGUGGAAAACAGGGCUUCCCGUCCGCUCAGCCGUACUUAAGCCACACGCCGUUCUCAGCUAUUAUACUCCCCUCCAGUGCUAUACCAAAUACAUACGACCAUAGGGUGUGGAAAAUAGGGCUUCCCGUCCGCUCAGCCGUACUCAAGCCACACGCCGGUGGGUUAGUAGUUGGGUGGGUGACCACCAGCGAAUCCUCACUGUUGUCGGAGAGCACGGGAAAAUAUCUGACAUCAGGAUGA